AUGUGGAGCGGAAACGCGGGAAGCGGAAGAGCGAAGCAGUCACCGGUCGGCACGCGCGCGAGGGUGAGCGUGAAGAGGAACCGGGACGACGAUCUCGACGGCGGCGGCGCGGCGUUGGCGGCGGCGAAGGCGGCGGCGGAAGCCGCGGUCGCCGCCGCCGCGCCGCAGGGUGGGCGGCACGAGUGGAUGAGACGCCUGAAAGACCGCAUCCUUCCGCCGUUGCGCGCGUUUAAACCGGAUCUGUUGAUCAUCUCCGCCGGGUUCGACGCCGCGAACCACGACGUCGGGAACGUCGGCGUCGACCGCAGAGGGACGCGCGCCGCGGGGAUCAAUUUGACCCCGGACGACUACGAGGAGAUGACCGCUCGUCUGUGCGGUCCUUGCUGGAGGGUGGGUACGGGUACCUCUCCGGGUCCGAGGGUGGGGCGGAGGGACUGAUCAGGGAAGGGCUCGCCGCGUGCGUCGUCGCGCACGUGCGCG